AUGAAUUUACCAUAGGUAUUCAAUGUAUUCACAGAUAACAAUUAAUUUGAGAAAUUUAUUGAAGAUCUUGUGGCUGAUUGUGUACAUGGAAUAAAAUUGCCAUAUUUAAGUUAAUUCCCUGAAAUAAAUCAUUAUAAUCUUAUUAUAGAAGCUUAAUAAUUUAUGUAGUAAUUCAGUGAGUAUUUAUUAGAAAUGAAUAACUAAAAUAGGGAAGAAGUAUAAUUCAUUAUUAUUAUGUAAUUAGGUUUAAAGACUACUGGACAAAUUAAAAUCAUAAAUAGAUCCAGAAAAACAUUAGAUAUUUACAAGAAUAAUAAGUGAGAACUUUAAAGGAAUGUGUAAAUAAGCAUUAUAUAAUCAUAUUUCAUUAUCAAAAUAUGUAUUAAUUGAUUAUAAUUGGAAUUUGAAUGUAAAUUAUAUUAAUUCUAUAUAGUUAACAAUAUCAUCAAACAAAAUUGCUAAAUCACAAAUACCUACAAUAAUUGUGGAAUUUUAUUUAUAAACUUUAGAUAAUAUUGCUAAUAAAAAAAAGAUAAGAUUUGAGAUGACUAAGGAAGAACUCGAAUAAUUUGUAGGUAAAUUAUAAAAAGUUAUGAAUUAAUUACAAUUAUAAUAUAAAUGA